AUGGUCGAGAAAAUCGCGAAGGGGAAAUCUAACUGGUUCCACAAAUCCCAAACCAAAAAAAAGGAACAAACUGCAGCAGUGCUGAAGGGAGAGAAGAGCUCACCAGCUAUAAGAGAGCUCGAAAAGCGUGAAGGGAAGUCGAGGAGGAUGAUUCAGUGCGUAAUGGCAGCAGAUGAUAACCUGAGCGAAUUGGAAGUUGGCAUGGACGGAUCUAGGCGAGGGUUGGCGGGGGCUAAAGCCCUCGCCAAGAUCCCCCGGGGAAGGAGCCAUGGAUUGACGAUUCUCAUUGGUGUCUUUUCUCCCGUUGCCCUCUUCUUCUCCUCCUCCUUCCUCCCUGCGGCGGAGUCCCAAGGUUCCCACGUCCGCAAGUUGGAAGAAGAAAAUGACUACUUCCUCACCCAAAAGGAGCAUUGGUUCAAUCAAACCCUUGACCACUUAUCUAUUAUGGGAUAUCAUAAAUUCCAACAGCGUCAUUAUGAAUUUCUUGAUCACUACCAAGCUCCUAAAGGUCCAGUAUUCCUUGUAGUUUGUGGUGAAGAGUCUUGUGACGGCAUUUAUAAUUAUGAGAGUUAUAUAGCUACAAGUGUGGUGCUUCUUGCUAAACUACAUUUAACUUCCUUUUCAUGUACCUAAAUCCUCUUAUGUAUGACUUAUCAUUUACAGGGAUAUUAACAUGUUUAAAGUUUUAUUGGAAUUUCCAUUUCUUUGAAGAA